AUGGAUUCGGAAUCUGUCCGCAAAAUUGUCACGUCGUCCAGUGGUUUAUACCAGAGGAAACGGUACUUGUCAAUGUCACCCAUGAGGCCUCCACUCCCUUACGCAAAAGGCUUGAGAUUCACGGUGCAAUCUCAUAUACCUACUCCUCGAACACCAGUUGUGCACAGCAACCUGAAUUACACUCUUAAUGACCUAGAGGACCUAGUACGAUUGGAUCCUGUGGAGUUUUUUCUGGCGCACCCUCUGUUGCCUGGUGAAAUAGGCUCGAAUACCCUUGGUCUUGAGAUCAUUGAUACUAUCAAGGUCAAGGAGCCUUGCAAUUCACAGGUCUUUACUGUCAAGGUAUUAAAAGGGGCACCAGAGAAGCCAUUACCUGCAUCUAAUAUUCUAAUUGCGAAGGUGUAUGACCCUCUCUAUUAUAAUGAUGUUCAGUUUAUGAUUGCCGGUUAUCGAGCGAUGGAUCGAUUCUACACACAUGAGACACGUGUAUACUCUGUCCUCUCUGAGUUUCAAGGCGAAAAUAUCCCUCACUUCUAUGGGUCAUACUCAUUUGAUAUUCCAAUUGAGAACUCAAGCAACGUGAGAUCUGUUCGUCUCAUCCUGAUCGGAUAUCUCCCUGAAAAGGAUAUGCAAAAGGCUCAGCCUGCUACAUGUAGCCAGGAGGCCCGUCAACAGAUCAUGAAAAAUAUAGUUGACUUUGAAAGCACUGUGUUUUUCAAAAAUAUUGUAUUACGUGACUGCUGUCCACGUAAUAUCAUAUUGCUACAAGAUCAUGAUAACACAAUAAGCGUUAAGUUCAUUGAUUUUGACGCUGUCUUGUUCAAUCGUCGACCUCAACACCCAUUUCGCGCUGUUCUUGACAAGGACAAGUUUCUCGGUCAAUACAUCACUCCCCUUUAUCGCUGGCGACGACCUCGUGAAGACUUUGAAGAUUGGGUAGAUUGGGAUUGGAAGCCAUGGCUGGACGCCGAAUUUGCACAUACUGCUUCAAAGAUCACGCCGGAAAUUCGGGGCUUCUAUGAACCCAAGCCUGAUGAAGAGAAAGAAUCCAACUGA